CCAAGCUACACUCUGUCGCGAAAUCACACUGCAAAGCAAAGCCCCAUCUAUCGCGCAUCCUGACACAUCAUGGCGCCAAAGCCAACGGCAAAAAAGACAACAGCGCGUCGUCGCUCCAAUAUCCCCGCGAAAUCACCAAGAAAGGGACCUGCAGCUACAACCACCAAGAAGCCGCAUCGCUAUAGACCCGGUGUCGUUGCCCUGCGCGAAAUCAGACGCUACCAAAAAUCAACCGACCUACUCAUGGCAAAACUCCCCUUUGGUCGCGUUGUGCGUGAAAUUUCAUCUGAAUUUGUCACUGGUUACUAUGCAGCUGAUCAAGAUGCUGCUGGCUUACGGUGGCAAUCACAGGCGUUAUUGUGCUUGCAAGAGGCAGCAGAGAGUUAUCUGGUGCAUUUGUUUGAGGAUGUCAAUUUAUGUGCGAUACAUGCAAAACGCGUGACGAUCAUGCAACGGGAUAUGCAGCUUGCGAGACGUAUUCGUGGAUUGUUCAAUUGAAUCUGUCACUCUGACCUCGCCGUUGCAGAACGACUGGUAUUGAAGCAAGCUUUGGCCUCUUCUCGACUGCUGGCCUCUGGACUACUGGCCCGUUAAAUGUCGCAGACUGCUUGGACAUGAAUGCCCUUGCACCUUUCACGUAGUCGCUUUUUCAGCUCUUGGUAUUCCUCUAUGUAUUUCUAUUCUUUCUAGGUUCCCCCUUUUGGCAACCUACUCGCC